UGUAACCGAAUCGUGAUGUAACGAGCAAUGAGCAAGGGUUAGGUGGAGAGAGAAGGGCGUGAAAAGAAAGAGGUUAUAUGUGGUGACAGCCAAAAAAAAAUUGAAAAAAUAAAGUUAAGUAAUCCAUAUUAAUAAAAAUAGAGAAAAAAUGAAGUCUCCAGUGAAAAUGUAUAAUUUAAAGCCGAUUGUAGAACAGGGCUUUACCGUAGAACUUCCAAAGUGCAUGUACAAAUUGAGCAAUAUUCAUGAAAAGAGAAGCACAGAAGAACACGUUUCAUCGCCAGCAAGAAACUUGGAUAUUUUCGACCAGGUUAAGCAGUUUUUAAAGAACUGCCAAGAUAUCCCAGGAAUGGCGGAACUUGAGGCUAAGCAACACAACAUACUGGAACAAUUAGCUGAGUUGAAGAAGCAAAUAUCUAGUCUUAGGCAAAAUUUAAGCAUUCAAAGUGAUGAAAACUCUAAAAACACCAUUCCAGUUAUGCAGUGCAUCAAACCGAUAUCAAAUGCCAAUUUACUACCAGAUACUCUAGUAGUCAAUUCAAACCCAUCCAAUCCACCUUAUUCACUGGAACUGCUACAGAGACUACUACAAAAACAAAUUGGCUUGACUGUCACCUCCUAUCUACAUUCUUCAGUUUCUAGUCUUCCAGAAGAAUCAUCCAAACUGAAAGACUCCUUAGUGAACUUCAAACCUCUAACUGGUGUACCUGUGAUUAAUAUUAGCCUUAUUUGGAAAAACAUUAAUUCUAAUGCAGAAUUCCUAAUCACCCACACACCAAUCUCGGGAGAAGUUAAUUUACUGAGAUUCCUAUCUCGAUCAGCGAACACAAACCUUAAUUACGAUGCCGAAGCAAAUUCAUUCGAAAUCGAUUCGCUCUUGGAUCAAUCCUAUUUGUUAGUACGAAGCAAAACUAAAGUCGAACGUGCAGGUAUCCUGCAAACUUUCAACCAAUCUUUGGGCAAAGCUGAAUGGUUGCUAGGCAAGAAGCAAGCUGGAAUUGCCGACGUUGCCGUUUACUCAGCCAUAAAACAAGCAGCAGUAGCAAAUCAAUUGAGUGCUAAUUUAGCUAAGUGGUACCAGAGAUGUUGUGUUUUAGUUGCUGCAUAAUAAAAAUUUCUUUUUGAAGUAAC